AUGUCAGGAGGACGUGGCUCAGCGGACAUGGACGACUCGCAGGACCUGCCUGAAUUGCCGGUGAGUUCACACUUCACACUGACAUUUACCACACUGUCACCUCACACCUUGACAUACACUAUUGUUUACACCAGUGGCGGUUGGUGACGUUUAAAAUGAGGGAGGAUGAUUUUUUUUUUUUUAUGAGCAUGACAUAUCUAUUACAGCAUAUUGGAUGACUGUCAUUCAUAUUCCAUUUACCCAGCUAAAUGUAAUAUCCAUAGGUUUAGGCUACUGCGUGAUACUCCAAUUUUUCCUACACCCAUCAUGAGGUUUCUACAACCUAGCCUAUGAAUGAAAGCUUAAAAUGUAGGUGCACAGGUAGAGAGAGAAUUUGGAGUAAUCAAGGUGACAGACAGUGACACAUUCAGUACCGCCUUCCACACUCUUGCCUGCAUCUAGCUGUAAUCUAGGGUGUAAUCAUUAGUCCAACAGUUGGAAACGAGAGUUUCUAUUGGACAAAUUCAGUUAUGUUUAUCUCCAUUCCGUUUGCUUCAGUUCCAGAAAUGUUUUUCAACAGAAUCAGCGGAAUGACUACACCCCUGAACACACGCAAACACAGUUCACUUUCAUAGCAGCCACAUGAAAACAGCAUGAUAAUUUUGCUCAUUGUAUAAUUCCUUCUCGUAUCUACACACUCUCCUCCUCUCACCUUUUCCCUUCGCUUGUGGACUUCAGUGCUCAACACAUUAGCUGUCUGUGACCAGGCGAAAAAAAACCUUUCCAAGCCAAACCUUCGUAUCAUAACCACUAAACGCUACACCCAGCCUACAUCGUUCUCACCAUAUUAGCUAACGUCAUAGUCAACAUAGCAACUAGAACUAACACGUUAGUAAACCCGCUACAAUCGUGCAGUACAGUGUACAGUCAGCAAGCAGUUUAGCAGUUACACCAGUGGGCCCAGGUGGCAAUAAAUUAAUAAAACCAAAAGCUUACAUUGACUUGGAAGUGUUGGAUAGGCAUAGCCAGCUAGCUAACAUAGCAUCCCUCUCUGUUUGAGCCGGGUGUUUGAGUAGGCUAAACUAGCUAGCUUCAUUUGCUAGCAAAGUGAAAGUGAAAAAAAUACAAUGAAAUAUAGCUAGCUCGCUCUCUCUCUCUUGCUUCUCCUUCAUUUGUAAAUAAAUACAUUUGUUCCAAACUGUUAAACUAUUGUCUUUCUCUUUGAGUCAACUACUCACCACAUGUUAUGCACUGCAGUGCUAGCUAGCUGCAGCUUAUGCUUUCAGUACUAGAUUCAUUUUCUGAUCCUUUGAUUGGGUGGACAACAUGUCAGUUCAUGCUGCAAGAGCUCUGAUAGGUUGGAGGAUGUCCUCUGGAAGUUGUCAUAAUUACUGUGUAAGUCUAUGGAAGGGGGUGAGAACCGUGAGCCUCCUAGGUUUUGUAUUGAAGUCAAUGUACCCAGAGGAUGACGGAAGCUAGCUGUCCUCCGGCUACACCAUGGUGCUACCCUACAGAGUGCUGUUGAGGCUACUGUAGACCUUCAUUGCAAAACAUUGUGUUUUAAUCAAUUAUUUGGUGACGUGAAUAUAUUUCGUAUAGUUUUAUCUAAAAAGGAUAACUUUUUUUAUUUUUAUGAAAUUCACUCCUCCACUGGUUGACACUCCAACUGACUGUCAUCGUUUGAGGGUCGUUCCACGAAAUGAGUGCCUUUUGCGUCCAUUUGAUAUUUUAAAUAGAAAUUGUGCACAAAAUUGAAUUUUUAAAAGCCUCAUUAAAUUAAGUGUCCUUUUUAAUAUGACAAAUAUAAUACAUCAGAUUUCUUAUAUGAAUAUAAACUUGCUGAAGUGCCAAAAUUCUGCAUGUCCCUCUGUGACUUCUAGGAAGAUUUUAACCCACCUAAUCCCACCAUUUCUCCAUGUUUUCACCAUCAUUGUAAAGCCCUGAGUUAUUUUGUUGCUUUGACAGUCAUUUCUGAAAAUUCUAAUUUAUUUAAUGUGGUUAGUGAUUCAUUGUAACGUAAAAAUAAAUAAAACUGGCCCUCAUUUUAAGGUCAGUCCUGUUAGGUGAACUGAACUCUCGUUUUAAUAUGGUGAAAAUGUUGCUUGAAAAAACUCUAAAGAAACAUUAAACAUCUAAUGUAUAUUUUUGAACAGAAACUAAUAGUCAGAUCAUAGAGUAAAAUAGCUGGUUCUACUCUUUUUGGCCAUUUUCUGUUGGAAAAUUGAGCGGGUCGAGCAAAACAUGUCAGCCCAGUUACCCAUAGAUAGACCGGCUAGAAAUGUUUUAACAUUUAAAAAAAUGUUUAUAAAGCUUGCAUUCAAUUGCCUCUCCCUGUUGCACACAACAAACUUCCAUUCCUCCUGUCACAAAGGGAUUUAUGGAUUAUUUAAGAUGAAGUCGUCAACCCUGUUAGUCUUCCGUGUUUAUUUGGCACUUAAUAGGCCGUUACUAUAGUUUUUAUUUUAUUUAACCUCUUGAGAUGGGAAAUCAUGUUUUUAUUAAGUUGAACGUGCUCUUUGACAGAAUAUUAAAAUUAGGUGAAAUAUAUAUAUAUCUUGAAAUCACCUGCGUUAACUACUCAAAAGGCACCUAAUUGGUGGAACGCCACUUGUGUUUUGAGACUUAAAAGAAGAGUUAACGUCAUGUAGCCUAUGUGUCUUACUUUCACAGACCAAGAAGGCCAGACAUGUGCUGGACGUUGGACUGGACCAAGAGCCAAGGUCAGUAUUAAUUCUUUUAUUUUCUAACCUUCAAUGCUUUUUAAAAUGGCCAAUUUCGUCUCCCCUGGAAAGUCACUCAGAAUGAAUAAGAUGCAUGUUGUGAUAAUGUGACCGAAGGAGCAGACAUUUGAGAGGGCCUAUCCGCUUUGUCACUCACACACACUAGAAGAUUCUUGAGUGAUUGUUUCUUAUUUUUUUUUUGUAUUGUGGCUGUUAGUGGUGUGUUAUGCUGUUCAUGGCCUUUCAAAGAUUCUCAUACGGAUGGCUAGACCAAUAAGUGCAGUGCUGAAUAGUUUGAUGGUCCAUUUUGACUUUACUCUCAUUACCACAGGUAAUGCUGACCAGAGUAUGUGAGUGGCGCUGGAGCGGAGCGUGUCCAAUUUGACUGGAGCGCGGAGCAAGAUUCCCAAAGGCUGGAGCGUCGGCCUUCUCGCCCCGCUCCAAUUUUCUUCCAAUAGCGCUCACUUCACGAGCUCAGGGCGCGGCCCGGCCCAGCAUGCAUUUUUGUAGUCUACUUGUGUGCUGCUAUAGCCCCUUGCUUUAGCUACUGUCAUGGAGUUCACUAAAUAUUUUCAUAAAGAAACUGAUAAAAACACACAGGUGCUAAAUCAAGGUGACUUACAAAGAUGAGGACCAAGAGCAAGACAGGGAGUGCGGUGAUGUAGUGUCCACAACUAAAGAAUCACUGUGGAAUCUGAAAAGACACGCAUCCUGAAAGCAUGAUGGGGUACUUAUUACUACGUGCACAUGCUAAAAGAAAGGAACGAGGUGGGUAGAUAAUUAAGUGUGUCAUUGUAGCAAAGUAUUUAUAUACUAAAAAUCUGAUCUCUUAAACGUUUCCUUCAUUUUUGUUCUAUUAUCUAUACAACAGGCCAUCAUUGAUUUUGGCCCAAUAGGCCUGGCAUAUUCCCACGUUCAAGGAGCUUUCCGUUUUGAUUGAGUUAUUUUGCCUUAAAACCUUUAGGUCUACCUAUAGAAAAAUAACAACUCUGCAUCUCUGCCCAGCCUGGCGAGAGUGGCCUAAAGGGUGUUUAGCAUCCCCAGUGGCUCUGCAAGCGCGGAGAAUCUCCGCUGCUGGCCUGACUCAAGGCGCGGUCGCAUGAGCCUGAAGCCAGAGACUGGACAAACUCGGGUUUCUAAAAAUGACACUGUAGACUGAGCCUAAUAAGGCAUUUCAUUUAAUUUGUAUUGAAUUCUAAGUAAGUAAGUAAUUUCUAGGCUAUAAUGAUUUAAUAAAAUGAAAUGUUGUUUAAAUGCUGAGCGCUUUAGGUUCCUACCAGCCUAGUGUGUCGCACUCGCUAAUGCUUCACAAUGUAUUUAUUUGUAGGCUGUAGCCUUGAAAUAAUACAGCCCUAAACAAUUAAUUUUCAUUCCUUCUAAGGCUCCCUGUCUGGCUCCUGACCUAUUCAGUGUGUUUAUAUGCUGUUUAAUAUGACAUGUAGCCUAUUUGAAAUGAUGUGCGCUUCUUACAUUCAGCUUUUCAUGUUUAUUAAAAUACUUUUCAUUCAAAUCCUAUCAAAUCAAUCAAUCAAUUUUAUUUUAUAUAGCCCUUCUUACAAUCAGCUAAUAUCUCGAAGUGCUGUACAGAAACCCAGCCUAAAACCCCAAACAGCUAGUAAUGCAGGUGUAGAAGCACGGUGGCUAGGAAAAACUCCCUAGAAAGGCCAAAACCUAGGAAGAAACCUAGAGAGGAACCAGGCUAUGAGGGGUGGCCAGUCCUCUUCUGGCUGUGCCGGUGAGAUUAUAACAGAACCAUGCCAAGAUGUUCAAAAUGUUCAUAAGUGACAAGCAUGGUCAAUAAUAAUCAGGAAUAAUCUCAGUUGGCUUUUCAUAGCCGAUCAUUAAAGUUGAAACAGCAGUCUGGGACAGGUAGGGUUUCCAUAACCGCAGGCAGAACAGUUGAAACUGGAAUAGCAGCAAGGCCAGGCGGACUGGGGACAGCAAGGAGUCACCACGGCCUAUGGUUUUGUUUCAAUACUUCAAAACCAAACGGUAGGUCCAGGUAGUCACAAAAAUAGAUGUGUGUUUAGUUAAAUUGUGAUUUUAAUGAAUGGAGAGAAUUUGGAGCUGCAGUUUUUUUUUUUUUUCUUCCUGUGAGUGCGGAGCGGUAUUUAGCGGAGCGGUUGGAAAGGACACUCACAUACUCUGGUGCUGACUGUGCUGUGGGUUAGUAAAUAGGCCUGUGGUAUUUGGUAAAUGGGAUGUCGAUGUGUGUUUUUAGGGGAUUGGGUGAUGACCAGAUCCCCCCUACUCUCUUGGGCUCAGGAGAUCAGGACAAUUCAUACUCUACAUUGUCUAAUGCCCAGCUUGAUAGAGGUGAGUGGGUAUUAAAAGAAGAUGUCUAUCUAUUGGGGUGUGCGGGAAUGAAGAAUAGAUGGAAUUAUACUGUCGGUUGAAAAGACAACAUUGAAUGGGCAUCAGUGGUGGUUCAUUGGUACAGAUGGUUGACUGUUGGUUCAGACAGAGGAGGAGUGGGGCCUUGGGCUUGUGACUAGUCCAUAAUUCCUACACACACCGAUACGAGCACCACACACCACAAACACACACACCGAUACGAGCACCACACCCCACACACACACACACCGAUACGAGCACCACACCCCACACACACCACCACACACCGAUAAGAGCACCACACCCUACACACCACCACACCGAUACGAGCACCACACCCUACACACACACACACACACACACCGAUAUGAGCACCACACCCCACACACACACCGAUACAAGCACCACACCCUACACACACACACACGAUACGAGCACCACACCCUACACACACACACACCAAUACGAGCACCACACCCUACACACACACACACACACACACCGAUACGAGCACCACACCCCACACACACACACACACACUGAUACGAGCACCACACACACACACACACCAAUAUGAGCACCACACCCUAAACACACACACACCGAUACGAGCACCACACCCCACACACACACACUGAUACGAGCACCACACCCUACACACACACACACACACUGAUACGAGCACCACACCCUACACCACACCACACCCGAUACGAGCACCACACCCUACACACACCACACUGAUAUGAGCACCACACCCUACAACACCCCACCGAUACGAGCACCACACCCCACACACUGAUACGAGCACCACACCUACACACACCACACCGAUACGAGCACCACACCCUAAACACACACACACACUAAUACGAGCACCACACCCUACACACACACACCGAUAUGAGCACCACACCCCACACACACACCGAUACGAGCACCACACCCUACACACACAAACACCGAUACGAGCACCACACCCUACCACACACACACACACACCGAUACGAGCACCACACCCUAAACAACACAUACCGAUACGAGCACCACACCCUAAACACACACACACCGAUACGAGCACCACACCCUACACACACACCAAUACGAGCACCACACCCUACACACAUACACACACACCAAAACGAGCACCACACCCUAAACACACACAUACGAUACGAGCACCACACCCCACACACAGACACACACACACACACAAACCGAUACGAGCACCACACCCUAGACACACACACCGAUACGAGCACCACACCCUAGACAACCAACACACACACACCGAUACGAGCACCACACCCUAGACAACCACACACACACACCGAUACGAGCACCACACCCUUGACAACCACACCCACACACCGAUACGAGCACCACACCCUAGACAACCACACCCGAUACGAGCACCACACCCUAGACGACCACACACACACACCGAUACGAGCACCACACCCUAGACACACACACACCGAUACGAGCACCACACACUUGACACACACACACCGAUACGAGCACCACACCCUUGACACACACACACCGAUACGAGCACCACACCCUAGACACACACACACCGAUACGAGCACCACACUCCUUGGGUCUACACACCCUUUUAAUUUGUCAUAAUGAGACCAUGUUUUGAUAAAAUAAAAUAAGCUGAAGCUAAGCUACCAUUGUUCUUUCUUUCCAGCAGUGGCCUGCAGAGUGCUCACCACCACAACAGCUUCUGACUAUAACUCCCACAUCUACCAAGGAAGCAGGUGAGUAUCCUCUGCUCUGAUAGGUUAUUCAGUGUUUCCUGGUCCUGCGGAGCCAAAUGGAAGCACACAUUUGUUUCAAGCCUAGCACUAACACACCUGAAAAGGUGUGAUGAUGAGUUGAUUUGUUGAAUCAAGUGUGUUAGUGCUAGGACAAAAACCAAAAUGCGCACCCCUUUGGGUCCCCAGGACCAGGAUUGGGAAACACUGGGUUACUUGUAUGUUGGGACUUGCAUGCCUGUUCAAUUCAAUUAAAACAUGAUUGUUCCCGCAGGGAAAUGCAUUGUGCAGCCAGAAGUAAUCAGUGUUACGAUGAUUUCUAGUUCUACUGUAUAAAUGCUAACAUAAGACUGUUGAAAGUCUGUAGAGACCUUUUAUUGAGCAUAGCUGUUCAGGACCCAUAUUUAUCAAGAGUUUCAGAGUAGGAGUGCUUAUCUAGGAUCAGGUCCACCCUGUCCAUAAUAAUCUGAUACAAUGUAAGCAAAAAGGCUAAACUAAUCUUAAAUCAGCACUCCUCCACUGAGACUCUUGAUAAAUGCUGGCCCAGUUCUCCUUCGCAUGCUAUUGGGUAGAACUUAAGUAUAGGGUUGCAAAAUACUAGUAACUUUCCCAAAAUGUCAAAGUUUUUCCAAAGAUCCCUGUUGGAAGAUUCAGGAAGGACUAAGCAGGAGAUCUGUGAAACCUUCAACCGGAAUUUCUAGAAAACGUUUUGGAAAGUUUCCAGAAUUUUACAAACCCUACUCCAGUAUGUCUUACGGUUCCUAUGUGUCCCACAGACCAGCAGUCACAUCCUACACCACCAGCCAGGGUGCCUUUCCUCCUCAGACCCAGCCCACAGUCUACACCGCCUUCCCCCAGGCAGGACAGACCCAGGCCACAGUCUACACCGCCUUCCCCCAGGCAGGACAGACCCAGCCCACUGUCUACACCGCCUUCCCCCAGGCAGGACAGACCCAGCCCACAGUCUACACCGCCUUCCCCCAAGCAGGACAGACCCAGGCCACUGUCUACACCGCCUUCCCCCAAGCAGGACAGACCUACGGCCUCCCACCAUUUGGUCAGUCCAAAGUCUUCUUCUAACAUGGUGUAAAGCAGGAAUGGGCAAUGGGGCUCAGUCGGGUCUCAACUUACUGCUGAGAGUUAGAAUAGUAGAAUACACAAGGUCCAAUUUCGAUUACAUGGUUGUGCAUCUUAUGUCAGUCACUGACACACUCAAUUAGCCCUUGUCAGCUAAAAAUGUUUUGAUUUGUAAGUUAGUCUAGCCAGUGAGUCACUCUCACUCGAAUAUCAUAUUACAAACUGCAAACAUUUCAUCUCCGCCCCAUUGCAAAAUGUGUAGAAUUGCAGGAAAUUAACUCUAAAAGUCUUUUUUUUUUUUUUUCUCCGCUGUCAAGGGGGGCAGCCGCUACAUUUUUUUGCUCGCAGUUCAGAUUUGUUUGUGGCCCCCACCCCCAUCAAAGAUGCCCAUCUGUGGUGUAGAGUGAAGUUGCCUCUAGACACUUAUCUUGUUGCAUUUUCCCCACUAAUGGUUAAGGUUGGGAUUUGGGAAGCUGACCCUAGAUCUGUAUCUAGGGGAAACUUCACCCCUGAGUCUCCUAACCUCCCCUGCACAAUAACCCAACACUACGCUUCGGUUUGUUUAUUACACUGAAAGCUAAACAGCUACGUCAUGCAACAAAUAACUUACUUGACUGAAACGUUUUUAUUUCUAACUUGUUUCCUUCUCUACAUCUCUCUUCUUCUUUCCCGUUCCACCUCCUUUUGUUCGCUCCCUCACUCCCUCCCUCCUGCCCUCCCUCCCUCCCCCUCCCUCCCCUCCCUCCCUCCCUCCCUCCCUCCCUCCUCCCCUCCCUCCCCUCCCCUCCCUCCCUCCCUCCCCCUCCCCUCCCUCCCUCCCUCCCUCCCUCCCUCCCUCCCUCCCUCCCUCCCCUCCCUCCCUCCCUCCCUCCCUCCCUCCCUCCUCCCCCUCCCCCUCCCUCCCUCCCUCACUGCCCUCAACCCCUCCCGGCCCUCCCUCCCUCCCUCCCUGCCCUUCCCUCCCUCCCUCCCCUCCCCUCCCUCCCUCCCUCCCUCCCUCCCUCCCUCCCCCCUCCCUCCCCCCCCUCCCUCCCUCCCCUCCCCUCCCUCCCUCCCUCCCCUCCCUCCCUCCCCUCCCUCCCUCCUCCCUCCCUCCCUCCCUCCUGCCCGUCCCUCCCUCCCUCCCUCCCUCCCUCCCUCCCUCCCUCCCCCUCCCUCCGCCCCUCCUCCCCUCCCUCCCCCUCCCUCCCUCCCUCCCUCCCUACCUCCCCUCCCUCCCUACCUCCUUCCCUCCCUCCCCUCCCCUCCCUCCCUCCCUCCCUCCCUCCCUCCCUCCCUCCCCUCCCUCCCUACCUCCUGCCCUCCCUCAGGUGCUAUGUGGCCAGGUAUUAAGUCAGAGACGAGGCUACCUGAUGCAGCGCCCUCUGUUGGCCAGCCUGGGUUUCUCAGCUUCAGAUCUGCAUAUACCUCAACCCAGCCAGGCCCAGACCAUGUGCACUGCUCAUACCCCAGCCAAGGCAAGCCAUCUAUCUCACCGCCGUGCUGGAAAAGACUAUCAGAGCCAGCACAUUCCGGUUCCGAUCGGUCCCAUAGUGUGAACCAGGAAGUUUACUGGACAAGACUAUCAGGGGGGCUAUAAUUUAAACAGAUGUGUUCUUGCACUUUUCAUUACUGAUGCUACUGCGGACCCUGGAGUGAAGGAUCUAUUCAUUGAAUUGUCAGAAUGAGUUGAAGUAUUGAUUCCAGUCGGUGUUUUUCCAAUGUUUUGACGUGUCUAGUUUUUGUCCGCCAGGCUCCAGUUUCACUACACCCAGCGUGUUCACUAGCAUCCCCUCUACAACCGCUACGGUGGCUCACCAGGUAAGGACUGGCCGGCUGGCCUGGAACAGGGAAAUUACAGCAAAAUGUCACUGGAGCCUAUGUGAAGUGAACUAUCUAAGGCAUGCACAAAAAUCUCUAUACAGAGCCUUCCGUGCGGUGCGUGGUGAAGUCACUACGCUGUUACGUAUGGAGGAUGUCUAAUGGAGUAGAUCUGCAUCCCAAAUGGCAGCCUAUUCCCUACAUAGUGCACUACUUUUGACCAGAGCCCUGUAGUACCACCCCCUUUUGCCCUCAGAACAGCCUCAAUUCGUCGGGGGCAUGGACUCUACAAGGUGUCGAAAGCGUUCCACAGGGAUGCUGGCCCACGUUGACUCCAAUGCUUCCCACAGUUUGGGUGGUGGACCAUUCUUGAUACACACGGGAAACAGUUGAGCGUGAAAAAACCCAGCAGGGUUGCAGUUCUUGACACAAACUGGUGCGCCUGGCACCUACUACCAUACCCUUUUCAAAGGCACUUAAAUAGUUUGUCUUGUCCAUUCACCCUCUGAAUGGCACACAUACACAAUCCAUAUCUCAAGGCUUAUAAGUCCUCCUUUAACCUGUCUCCUUCCCUUCAUCUACACUGAUUUGAAGUGGAUUUAACAAGUGACAUCAAUAAUGGAUCAUAGCUUUCACCUUGUCAGUCUAUUUCAUGGAAAAAGCAGGUGUUCUUAAUGUUUUGUACAGUCAGUGUAUAGGGAAUAGGCUUCUCAUUUGGGACGCAUUGAUCUUCAUGUCUCGUCUCUGUAUGUCUGUCCUGCUGCAGGGGUUCAGCAGCUAUAACGUCAAUUCUCUGGGCCAGACCCAGUUACCUCAGUACACCGCCCCGCCCCUUAGCUACGUGCCCGCCGGGCUGCCCAAUGGCGAAGAGAAUGGAUCCAGUGUGGGUGUUGGCGGGUAUCCAGCCAUAAAGACAGAGGGCAGUGCCUCGGCUGGACUCACCAGCACUACAGGUACUUCAGCCGUUCCUCAUAACAAUAGCUACUAGUUACCUGUUGUACGAGUUACCAUAGCUACUAGUUACCUGUUGUACCAGUUACAAUAGCUACUAGUUACCUGUGGUACCAGUUACAAUAGCUACUAGUUACCUGUGGUACCAGUUACCAUAGCUACUAGUUACCUGUGGUACCAGUUACCAUAGCUACUAGUUACCUGUGCUAAGCAGUUAUCAUAGCUACUAGCUACUUGUGCUAAGCAGUUAUCAUAGCUACUAGUUACCUGUGCUAAGCAGUUAUCAUAGCUACUACAUUUACAUUUACGUCAUUUAGCAGACACUCUUAUCCAGAGCGUCUUACAAAUUGGUGCAUUCACCUUAUAGCCAGUGGGAUAACCACUUUACAGUAUGUUUUUUUUUUUUUGGGGGGGGGUAGAAGGAUUACUUUAUCCUAUCCCAGGUAUUCCUUAAAGAGGUGAGGUUUCAAGUGUCUCCAGAAGGUGGUGAGUGACUCCGCUGUCCUGGCGUCGUGAGGGAGCUUGUUCCACCAUUGGGGUGCCAGAGCAGCGAACAGUUUUGACUGGGCUGAGCGGGAACUGUGCUUCCGCAGAGGUAGGGGGGCCAGCAGGCCAGAGGUGGAUGAACGCAAUGCCCUCGUUUGGGUGUAGGGACUGAUCAGAGCCUGAAGGUACGGAGGUGCCGUUCCCCUCACAGCUCCGUAGGCAAGCACCAUGGUCUUGUAGCAGAUGCGAGCUUCAACUGGAAGCCAGUGGAGUGUGCGGAGGAGCGGGGGGUGACGUGAGAGAACUUGGGAAGGUUGAACACCAGACGGGCUGCGGCAUUCUGGAUGAGUUUGUAGGGGUUUAAUGGCACAGGCAGGGAGCCCAGCCAACAGCGAGUUGCAGUAAUCCAGACGGGAGAUGACAAGUGCCUGGAUUAGGACCUGUGCCGCUUCCUGUGUAAGGCAGGGUCGUACUCUCCGAAUGUUGUAGAGCAUGAACCUACAGGAUCGGGUCACCGCCUUGAUGUUAGCGGAGAACGACAGGGUGUUGUCCAGGGUCACGCCAAGGCUCUUCGCACUCUGGGAGGAGGACACAACGGAGUUGUCAACCGUGAUGGCGAGAUCAUGGAACAGGCAGUCCUUCCCCGGGAGGAAGAGCAGCUCCGUCUUGCCAAGGUUCAGCUUGAGGUGGUGAUCCGUCAUCCAUACUGAUAUGUCUGCCAGACAUGCAGAGAUGCGAUUCGCCACCUGGUUAUCAGAAGGGGGAAAGGAGAAGAUUAGUUGUGUGUCGUCAGCGUAGCAAUGAUAGGAGAGGCCAUGUGAGGAUAGGACAGAGCCAAGUGACUUGGUGUAUAGCGAGAAUAGGAGAGGGCCUAGAACUGAGCCCUGGGGGACACCAGUGGUGAGAGCACGUGGUGCGGAGACAGCUUCUCGCCACGCCACUUGGUAGGAGCGACCGGUCAGGUAGGACGCAAUCCAAGAGUGAGCCGCACCGGAGAUGCCCAACUCGUAGUGGGUGGAGAGGAGGAUCUGAUGGUUCACAGUAUCAAAGGCAGCAGACAGGUCUAGAAGGACAAGAGCAGAGGAGAGAGAGUUAGCUUUAGCAGUGCGGAGAGCCUCCGUGACACAGAGAAGAGCAGUCUCAGUUGAAUGACCAGUCUUGAAACCUGACUGGUUUGGUUACCGUUGGUACCAGUUACCAUAGCUACUAGCUACCUGUGGUACCAGUUACCAUAGCUACUAGCUACCUGUGGUACCAGUUACCAUAGCUACUAGUUACCGUUGGUACCAGUUACCAUAGCUACUAGCUACCUGUGGUACCAGUUACCAUAGCUACUAGUUACCUGUGUUAAGCAGUUAUUAUAGCUACUAGUUACCUGUGCUAAGCAGUUAUCAUAGCUACUAGCUACCUGUGGUACCAGUUACCAUAGCUACUAGCUACAUGUGGUGCCAGUUACAAUAGCUACUAGCUACCUGUGGUACCAGUUACCAUAGCUACUAGCUACCUGUGGUACCAGUUACCAUAGCUACUAGUUACCUGUGGUACCAGUUACCAUAGCUACUAGCUACCUGUGGUACCAGUUACCAUAGCUACUAGCUACCUGUGGUACCAGUUACCAUAGCUACUAGCUACCUGUGGUACCAGUUACCAUAGCUACUAGCUACCUGUGGUACCAGUUACCAUAGCUACUAGCUACCUGUGGUACCAGUUACCAUAGCUACUAGCUACCUGUGGUACCAGUUACCAUAGCUACUAGCUACCUGUGGUACCAGUUACCAUAGCUACUAGCUACUUUACCUUAGGACCAUGCAGGUACUUCUGAUACCUCCCAUUAUAGGUGUCAGUCUGUCUUACUGUAUGAAUGUCAGUCCCAUAUUCAUUCCAUGUGGACGUAUACCUGGAUGGAUAGCACUGUGGGAUCAAGUAAGAAGUUAAAAACCAUUGUUUUGUGUUAUCUACAUUGCCUUGAUUAUGGGCUUGUUAGGCCAUUUUGGCUGAGGUGUUCAAAUUUCAGAAACAUGGAGGAUGUAAUGUCUUUAUGUGUGCAGUGUGUCAACUGUCAGUCUUCAACAUGUCUGUGCCCUCUACCUCAGAUGCGUGCUCAAGUGAGAACCUCCCGGUUGCCCUGCCUACAGGUGUGGCCCUCCCCAUGGGGGCCCUGGACCAGGAUGAGGCGGGGAGGAGGAACCCUGCUGGGAAGGCCAAGGGGAAAGGCCAAGAAAUCAGACAGCAACCAGCCUACUGACGCUGACCUGGAGGUAACUAUAAGGCCCACAUGAACACAGAUAUACAACCAGUCAUUCAUAUAGCUACAGUGCCUUGCAAAAGUAUUCAUCCCCCUUGGCGUUUUUCCAAUUUUGUUGCAUUACAACCUGUAAUUUAAAUUGAUUUUUAUUUGGAUUUCAUGUAAUGGACAUACACAAAAUAGUCCAAAUUGGUGAAGUGAAAUGAAAAAAAUUACUUCUUUCAAAAAAUUCAAAAAAAUAAAUAAUGGAAAAGUGGUGCGUGCAUAUGUAUUCACCCCCUUUGCUAUGAAGCCCCUAAAUAAGAUCUGGUGCAACCAAUUACCUUCAGAAGUCACAUAAUUAGUUAAAUAAAGUCCACCUGUGUGCAAUCUAAGUGUCACAUGAUCUGUCACAUGAUCUCAGUAUAUAUACACCUGUUCUGAAAGGCCCCAGAGUCUGCAACACCACUAAGCAAGGGGUACCACCAAGCAAGCGGCACCAUGAAGACCAAGGAGCUCUCCAAACAGGUCAGGGACAAAGUUGUGGAGAAGUACAUAUCAGGGUUGGGUUAUAAAAAAAAAUAUCUGAAACUUUGAACUUCCCACGGAGCACCAUUAAAUCCAUUAUUAAAAAAUUGAAAGAAUAUGGCACCACAACAAACCUGCCAAGAGAGGGCCGCCCACCAAAACUCAUGGACCAGGCAAGGAGGGCAUUAAUCAGAGAGGCAACAAAGAGACCAAAGAUAACCCUGAAGGAGCUGCAAAGCUCCACAGCGGAGAUUGGAGUAUCUGUCCAUAGGACCACUUUAAAGCCGUACACGCCACACAGCUGGGCUUUAUGGAAGAUUGGCCAGAAAAAAAGCCAUUGCUGAAAGAAAAAAAUAAGCAAACACGUUUGGUGUUCGCCAAAAGGCAUGUGGGAGACUCCCCAAACAUAUGGAAGAAGGUACUCUGGUCAGAUGAGACUAAAAUUGAGCUUUUUGGCCAUCAAGGAAAACGCUAUGUCUGGCGCAAACCCAACACCUCUCAUCACCCCGAGAACACCAUCCCCACAGUAAAGCAUGGUGGUGGCAGCAUCAUGCUGUGGGGAUGUUUUUCAUCGGUAGGGACUGGGAAACUGGUCAGAAUUGAAGGAAUGAUGGAUGGGAAGUUCUUGAGGGAAACCUGUUUUAGUCUUCCAGAGAUUGGAGACUGGGAUGAAGGUUCACCUUCCAGCAGGACAGUGACCCUAAGCAUACUGCUAAAGCAACACUUGAGUGGUUUAAGGGGAAACAUUUAAAUGUCUUGGAAUGGCCUAGUCAAAGCCCAGACCUCAAUCCAAUUGAGAAUAUGUGGUAUGACUUAAAGAUUGCUGUACACCAGCGGAACCCAUCCAACUUGGAAGGAGCUGGAGCAGUUUUACCUUGAAGAAUGGGCAAAAAUCCCAGUGGCUAGAUGUGCCAAACUUAUAGAGACAUACCCCAAGAGACUUGCAGCUGUAAUUGCUGCAAAAGGUGGCUCUACAAAGUAUUGACUUUGGGGGGGUGAAUAGUUAUGCACACUCAAGUUUUCUGUUCUUUGUCUUAUUUCUUGUUUGUUUCACCCCCCCCCCAAAAAAAAAAAAAAUUGCAUCUUCAAAGUGGUAGGCAUGUUGUGUAAAUCAAAUGACAUAAACCCCUCAAAAAUCCAUUUUAAUUCCAGGUUGUAAGGCAACAAAAUAGGAAAAAUGCCAAGGGGGGUGAAUACUUUCGCAAGCCACUGUACAGACUAACACAUUAAUCAGCUACUCAGGUGAUUCUCUUUAGGUCUCUGCUCGACUAAAAUGUGUUGUUCUUGUUUCAUAUAUGAAUGUUAUUUAAUAAGAUCGUGGAAUCAUGAAAAUAAUUUCUGAUUAAUGCCUUAAUUCCUUAGUUACUUACUAAUUUGUCCUCUCUCCUCUCUUUCAGCGAAUCUUUCUAUGGGAUCUGGAUGAAACCAUCAUCAUUUUCCACUCUCUGCUCACUGGGUCCUUCUCUCAGAAGUUUGGCAAGGUAGGUCAAAAUCAUACUGGAUAUAUUUUGAGCCAUCAUGUUAUUCAAGGCAGUAUAUUAAGAUUUUAUUUGUAGAUUAAAGAUGAUCAGAUGGCUUUCCGUUGACGCUAACCUCCGUAUCUCCUCUGUAUUUGGGGCUGUGCAGGACCCCAGCCUCUGUACCGACAUCUGUUAUAAUAGAGAUGAAUUUCUCUAUUGAUAUGCGAUCAGAUUUCUAUUGCUAUGAGUAUAAACCUCUGUCCUGUCCUGUUGGGGUUGUGUAGGACUCGGGCACUGUGCUGAACCUGGGUCUUCAGAUGGAGGAGCUGAUCUUUGAGCUUGCAGACACACAUCUCUUCUUCAAUGACCUGGAGGUAGCUGCAGUCCCUGACUACUCACUGUCUUUCUCAACGAGCUAACGGUCAGAAGAGGCUAAGCACGUGGCAACUAGGCGACUGUACACUUCGAAUGAAGUUCUAAAGCUGUUGCCGUUAGAUUAGCCGUUGUUGGUGCGAGUUAAGGACUGUGUCAAUGAGAGCAUGUUGGAUUGAAUGGAGACCAUUUUCGACUAACGGGUUGACACCCCCCUUCCUUUUCUAUUCUUAGGAGUGUGAUCAGGUCCAUGUUGAAGACGUAGCCUCUGACGACAACGGACAGGAUCUGAGGUAUGUCUGUGAUGCUACUGUAACCAACCAAGACAUUCAGAUACCCUCCUUUGUUCAGUGGUCACAUACAAACCUCUCUGUAUUAUGAUGAUAGUCGAAUUGAAUAAUGCUUUUAUGUCCACAAGCAAACACAGGAGUCCCUACUUUCCUUACUAGCCACAUACAAAACAUAUCUCUCUCUCCUAACUAGCCACAUCUCUCUCUCUCUCUAAUUCCUCCUCUCAUCUCCUACAACUUCAGCCAAUCUCUCCCUCCUAACAGGGCACAUGGUUCUCGCUUCAACUUAGCCACAUCUCUCUCUCUCCUAACUAGCCACAUCGCUUGCCUCUCCAACAGUCCCACAAUCUUCUCUCUAACUAGCCACAUGUCUUUUCUACUCCUACUAGAAUCUCUCUUCAUGCUCUUUCCCAAUUAGCAAACAUCUCACCUCUCUCUCUCUUUAUUCCCCUCAGCGCCUACAUUUCCUGGCGAUGGUCAAGCCCAGUGGUGGAGGGCACAAACCAUGUUGAAUGAGAAACUAGGCCUUCCGUACCGCCGCCCUGGAGAUCUAACAUACACCAAAGGAACUAGGAGUGAAGAUGCGUCAACUGUAUUUGUUUCAAAUUCUACACCCUAGGGACUUGCAGGAACUAUGCACGAUGUCACAUCUCACUUACAUUAUAUGCUGCAAUGUUAUCUACCUGGACUAUUUAAUGUUACAGUUAGCAGAAAUGUGUCUUAAUUAAAAACUGCACAUGCUUUUGCCUGCCAUCAUAUUUCCUAGAAGAGUAUUCUUGUUGGUGAAGGAAUAACAUUCUUGAAUUAGUUCCAUACUGGAAUCUACAAUCUAUCCAGACAGUUUUCUAGUAGUCAAAUCCUGAUUAUUAUUAUUUUUUUUACCAGGUAAGUUGACUGAGAGCACAUUCUCAUUUACAGCAACGACCUGGGGAAUAGUUACAGGGGAGAGGAGGGGGGAUGAAUGAGCCAAUUGGAAGCUGGGGAUGAUUAGGUGGCCAUGAUGGUAUGAGAUUGGGAAUUUAGCCAGGACACCAGGGUUAACACCAUGGGAUCUUUAGUGACCACAGAGACUCAUCUGUCCCAUCCGAAAGACGGCACCUUACACAGGGCAAUGUCCCCAAUCACUGCCCUGGGGAAUUGGGGGAUAUAUAUACACUGCUCAAAAAAAUAAAGGGAACACUUAAACAACACAAUGUAACUCCAAGUCAAUCACACUUCUGUGAAAUCAAACUGUCCACUUAGGAAGCAACACUGAUUGACAAUACAUUUCACAUGCUGUUGUGCAAAUGGAAUAGACAACAGGUAGCAAGACACCCCCAAUAAAGGACUGGUUUUGCAGGUGGUGACCACAGACCACUUCUCAGUUCCUAUGCUUCCUGGCUGAUGUUUUGGUCACUUUUGAAUGCUGGCGGUGCUUUCACUCUAGUGGUAGCAUGAGAUGGAGUCUACAACCCACACAAGUGGCUCAGGUAGUGCAGCUCAUCCAGGAUGGCACAUCAAUGCGAGCUGUGGCAAGAAGGUUUGCUGUGUCUGUCAGCGUAGUGUCCAGAGCAUGGAGGCGCUACCAGGAGACAGGCCAGUACAUCAGGAGACGUGGAAGAGGCCGUAGGAGGGCAACAACCCAGCAGCAGGACUGCUACCUCCGCCUUUGUGCAAGGAGGAGCAGGAGGAGCACUGCCAGAGCCCUGCAAAAUGACCUCCAGCAGGCCACAAAUGUGCAUGUGUCUGCUCAAACGGUCAGAAACAGACUCCAUGAGGGUGGUAUGAGGGCCCAACGUCCACAGGUGGGGGUUGUGCUUACAGCCCAACACCGUCCAGGACGUUUGGCAUUUGCCAGAGAACACCAAGAUUGGCAAAUUCGCCACUGGCGCCCUGUGCUCUUCACAGAUGAAAGCAGGUUCACACUGAGCACGUGACAGACGUGACAGAGUCUGGAGACGCCGUGGAGAACGUUCUGCUGCCUGCAACUCGGUAGUGAGUGUUGCAUCUGAGGACAGACGAUUUUUACGCGCUUCAGCACUCGGCGUUCCCGUUCUGUGAGCUUGUGUGGCCUACCACUUCGCAGCUGAGCCUCCAGCAUGACCGGUUUGGCGGUGGGUCAGUCAUGGUGUGGGGUGGCAUUUCUUUGGGGGGCCGCACAGCCCUCCAUGUGCUCGCCAGAGGUAGCCUGACUGCCAUUAGGCACCGAGAUGAGAUCCUCAGACCCCUUGUGAGACCAUAUGCUGGUGCGGUUGGCCCUGGGUUCCUCCUAAUGCAAGACAAUGCUAGACCUCAUGUGGCUGGAGUGUGUCAGCAGUUCCUGCAAGAGGAAGGCAUUGAUGCUAUGGACUGGCCCGCCCGUUCCCCAGACCUGAAUCCAAUUGAGCACAUCUGGGACAUCAUGUCUCGCUCCAUCCACCAACGCCACGUUGCACCACAGACUGUCCAGGAGUUGGCGGAUGCUUUAGUCCAGGUCUGGGAGGAGAUCCCUCAGGAGACCAUCCGCCACCUCAUCAGGAGCAUGCCCAGGCGUUGUAGGGAGAUCAUACAGGCACGUGGAGGCCACACACACUACUGAGCCUCAUUUUGACUUGUUUUAAGGACAUUACAUCAAAGUUGGAUCACCCUGUAGUGUGGUUUUCCACUUUUUAAUUUUGAGGGUGACUCCAAAUCCAGACCUCCAUGGGUUGAUAAAGAGUGCAUCCAACUGGCCCUUCAACACCACUUCCAGCAGCAUCUGGUCUCCCAUCCAGGGACCGACCAGGACCCAGGGUGGUAAAAACAAUUAUAGAAUGGGUGGUUCAAGCCCUGAAUUCUGAUUGGCUGAAAACAUUUAUUUGUACUGUUCUAAUUACGUUGGUAACCAAUUUAGAAUAGCAGUAAGUUACCUCAGGGGUUUGUGGUAUAUGGCCAAUAUACACUACAUGACCAAAAGUAUGUGGACACCUGCUUUUCGAACAUCUCAUUCCAAAAUCAUGGGCAUUAAUAUGGAGUUGGUCCCCCCUUUGCUGCUAUAACAGCCUCCACUCUUCUGGGAAGGCUUUCCACUAGAUGUUGGAACAUUGCUACGGGGACUUGCUUCCAUUCAGCCACAAGAGCAUUAGUGAGGUCGGGCACUGAUGUUGGGUGAUUAGGCCUGGCUUGCAGUCGGCGUUCCAAUUCAUCCCAAAGGUGUUCGAUGGGGUUGAGGUCAGGGCUCUGUGCAGGCCAGUCAAGUUCUUCCACACCGAUUUCAACAAAUCAUUUUUGUAUGGACCUCGCUUUGUGCACAGGGGCAUUCUCAUGCUGAAACAGGGAAGGGCCUUCCUCAAACUGUUGCCACAAAGUUGGAAGCACAGAAUAAUCUAGAAUGUAAUUGUAUGCUGUAGCAUUAAGAUUUCCCUUCACUGGAACUAAGGGGCCUAGCCCGAACCAUGAAAAACAGCCCCAGACCAUUAUUCCUCCUCCACCAAACUUUACAGUUGGCACUAUGCAUUGGGGCAGGUAGCAUUCUCCUGGCAUCUACCAAACCCAGAUAUGUCCGUCGGACUGCCAGAUGGCAAAGUGCGAUUCAUCACUCCAGAGAACGUGUUUCCACUGCUCCAGAGUCCAAUGGAGGCGAGCUUUACCCCACUCCAGCUGACGCUUGGCAUUGCGUAUGGUGAUCUUAGGCUUGUGUGCAGCUGCUUGGCCAUGGAAACCCAUUUCAUGAAGCUCCCGACGAACAGCAUUUAAUGUGCUGAUGUUGCUUCCAGAGGCAGUUUGGAACUCGGUAUUGAGUGUUGCAACUGAGGACAGACAAUUUUUACGCGCUUCAGCACUCGGCGGUCCCGUUCUGUGAACUUGUGUGUCCUACCACUUUGCGGCUGAGCCGUUGUUGUUCCUAGACGUUUCCACUUUACAAUAACAGCACUUACAGUUGACCGGGGCAGCUCUAGAAGGUCAGAAAUAUGACGAACUGACUUGUUGGCAAGGUGGCAUCCUAUGACUGGGGGCCAGUUGUUGAUGAAAGUCACCGAGCUCUUCAGUAAGGCCAUUCUACUGCCCAAUUUUUGUCCAUGGCGAAUUGCAUGGCUUGGGUGUCUCGAUUACUAUUUUUUAUUUAAAAAAUGGUGGCUGAAAUAGCAGAAUCCACUAAUUUGAAGGGGUGUCCAACCCUAAACGGCUAAGGGUCUGUAUCCAGGCCACUCUGCGUUGCGCCAGCCUGCUUAUUCCUCCUCACCCAACUUUCCAGUUGGGCACUAUUUCAGUGUGGGGAGUACACUCUCCUCUCUCUGGCAUCUUACAAACCCAGACUUUCCUCGGCUCCAGAUGGCGUGGAUACACUCUACCAGAAACUUUCCUCACUGCUCGAGUCAUGACACCGCUUACCUCUAACUCCGUCUCAGCCUGCUUGGUAUACUCUACUCGUAACCUCUCUCAGGCUGUGUGGAGUCACCUCUGCCUGGAAACCCAUCUUCCAGAGCUCCCGGAGUAACACCUUUAACCUGCUGACUCUCUUCCAGGCAUGCUGUGGAAACAUCGUAACCUUACCUCCAGUUGCAUGGGAACAACUCUAACUUUUCCGCUGCUGUUAGCACUCAACCUCGGUACCCGUUCCUGUGAACUGUGGUGUCCCUACCACUUUGCGCUCCGGCCUGUGUGGUCCUAAGUCACUUACACUCAACGCCUCCUACAGUGCCUGCGUGGGACACUCUAAACCAAACCAUAUGACGAAUCACGGCUGUGGUAAGUGCAUCCUCUAGACGUCAAGUCUAAACCUCUCCUGAGGCUGCGUGGUAGUAAGCAUUCUACUCCAACUUUCUCCAGGCCGUUGCUGUGGUGUCAUACCUUUCUAAAAAAAAUUGUCCAGGCUGAUGGUAGUACGAAUCAACCUAACUUUGCUCAGGCCUGGCUGUCGGAAUACACCUACGGCUAACUGUCUCCAGGCCUGCUGUGGUAGUUAGACCUCGUAACCUCUAACCUCUUCCUCCAGGCUGCUGUGGUAGUAACACUCUAACCUCUAACCCUCUACCUCCAGGCCUGCUGUGGUAGUAACACCUCUAACCUCUAACCUCUCUCCUCCAGGCCUGCUGUGGUAGUAACACCUCUAACCUCUAACCUCUUCUCCUCCAGGCCUGCUGUGGUAGUAACACCUCUAACCUCUCUCUCCUCCAGGCCUGCUGUGGUAGUAACACCUCUAACCUCUAACCUCUUCCUCCAGGCCUUGCUGUGGUAAGUAACACCUCUAACCUCUAACCUUCCUCUCCUCCAGGCCUGCUGUGGUAGUAACACUCUACCUAACCUCAACCUCUCUCCCCAGGCCUGCUGGGGUAGUAACCACCUCUAGACCUCUAACCUCUCUCCUCCAGGCAUGCUGUGGUAGUAACACCUCUAACCUCUACCUCUGUCCUCCAGGCCUGCUGUUGGAGUAACACCUCUAACCUCUAACCUCUCUCCCCUUCCAGGCCUGCUGUGGUAGUAACACCUCUAACCUCUAACCCCGGCCUGCUGGUUGGUAGGCAACACCUCUAACCCUCUCUCCUCCAGGCCUGCUGUUGGAGUAACACCUCUAACCUCUCCACCUCUCUCCUCCAGGCCUGCUGGUGGUAGUAACACCUCCUAACCCUAACCUCGGUCCUCCAGGCCUGCUGUGGUAG